UCUUCAAGCUAAAUAUUUAGUCAGUGACUUCGAAUCUUGUGAUCGCAGGCGAUAUUUACUCAGAGUCAUGGCAUCCUCCAGUAGUUUUCUAAAUGAGGAGCUCCAGUGCUCCAUCUGUCUGGAUGUGUUCACUGAUCCAGUCACCACUCCAUGUGGACACAACUUCUGCAGAACCUGCCUGAAUGAGUGCUGGACAAACACACAGACCUGCUUCUGUCCACUCUGUAAAGAAAAGUUCAGCAGAAGACCUGAUCUCAAGAUUAAUACAACACUGAGAGAGGUUGUGCAACACUUUAAAGAAAGAUCUGAGGGGUUCUGUGACUUCUGUGAUGAAAGAAAGCAGAAAGCCGUGAAGUCCUGCCUGACGUGUCAAAGCUCUUACUGUGAGACUCACCUGGAGCCUCAUCUUAGAGUCCCACGUCUAAAGAAACACACACUGAUCAACGCUGUGGAAAAUCUGGAGGAUUAUAUAUGCCAGAAACACCAGAGACCUCUGGAGCUGUUCUGCAGAGAUGAUCAGACGUGUGUGUGUUUGUCCUGCACUGAAGGAGACCACAGGACUCACAACACUGUUCCUGUAGAGGAGGAGAGUCAACAGAAGAAGAAUCAGCUGGAUAAGAAAAAGACAGAUGUGCAACAGAUGAUCCAGGACAGAAUGAUGAAGAUUCAAGAAAUACAGCACUCAGUAGAGCUGAGAAAACCAAUAUAUUCUGAGCUGCUGAAGAUGAUGGAGGAACAGCAGAAAGCAGCAGAGAAACAGGCUGAAGAUCUCAUUAAAGAGCUGCAGCAGGAAAUCACUGAGCUGAAGAGGAGAAACACUGAGCUGGAGCAGCUCUCACACACUGACGAUCAUCUGCACCUCCUGCAGAUGUACUCAUCUCUGUGCAGUCAUCCACACACCAAGAACUGGACUGAGAUCAGGAUUGACUCGGAUGUGAAUGUGCUCCCUCUGCAUAGAGCUUUGACACAACUGAAGAAAACUCACAAGGCUCUAAAUAAAAAACUCAGUCAAACUGUUGUAGAAAAUACAAAAUACAUGAUAGAACAUGCUUUGGAUGUGACUCUGGAUCCUGAUUCAGCGAAUCCAUAUCUCAUCCUGUCUGAUGAUGGAAAGCAAGUCAGUCAUGGAGACUUUAAGCAGGACAUCCCAGAAAACCCAAAGAGAUUUAAUGACAUUUGUGUUCUGGCAAAGCAGGGAUUCAAUUCAGGCAGAUUUUACUAUGAGGUGCAGGUGAAGGGAAAGACUGGGUGGAGUUUAGGAGUGGCCAGAGAAUCCAUUAAGAGGAAGGGGGACAUUAGUCCGAGCCCUGAGGAUGGUCUCUGGUCAAUGAUAUCAAUUAAUCGGAGUCAGUGUAUAGCUUGUGAUAAUCCAGCAGUUGCUUUCUCUUACACAAAGACACCUGAGAAGGUGGGAGUGUUUGUGGAUUAUGAGGAGGGUCUGGUCUCUUUUUAUGACGUGGGCUCCAGCUCUCAUAUCUACUCUUUCACUGGUCAGACUUUCACUGAGAAACUCUAUCCAUACUUUGGCCCAGGCCUUAAUGAUGCAGGUAAAAACUCAAACCCACUUAUAAUCUAUCCGGUCAGUUGAGUGAUUUCCCUGAAAUAUGAAACAUCUGAAAAGACUAACUAUGCAUGUGCAGUUUUUUUU